GAGGAGGAGGUCCACGAUGAAGACCGCCUUCUUGCCGGGCUGACGUUGGGUUCCGUCCCCGCCCGGCCUCGCUCCACCUCUUCCCCCGCGUGCUUUCAGGGAGACGGCCGCUGCAGCAGCGCUCUCCAGGCCUCACAAGAGCUGUCACACCUGAGUAUUCAUGGCUUCCAACACAGAACGCACCUUUAUUGCCGUCAAGCCUGAUGGAGUCCAGCGGGGAUUAGUGGGAGAAAUCAUCAAGCGCUUUGAACAGAAGGGCUUCAAAUUGGUGGCUUUGAAAUUUAUGCAUGCUUCUGAAGACCUUCUCAAACAACAUUACAUUGACCUGAAAGAUAGGCCAUUCUAUCCAGGUUUGGUUAAAUAUAUGAAUUCUGGACCUGUAGUGGCCAUGGUUUGGGAAGGCCUUGGUGUUGUAAAGACUGGCAGAGUAAUGUUGGGGGAAACCAACCCUGCAGACUCCAAGCCUGGCACUAUCCGUGGUGACUUCUGCAUUCAAGUGGGCAGGAACAUCAUUCAUGGCAGUGACUCUGUGGAGAGUGCUCAGAAAGAGAUCAACCUGUGGUUCAAGCCUGCAGAACUUGUGAGCUUCAAAUCUUGUGCUCAUGACUGGAUUUAUGAAUAAAACAAGCCUUUUGGUGAAUUGUGCCUUUUUCUAACAAAGCAUCUCAUUCCUCUGACGUAUUUGAACUGGCAAAAUUAUCACGGUUAUAUUUAAUUAUUGGCACUGACAAAUAAACUAUCAUGAACCAC